UUUAUGAAUUUUAUGAUUAAAUAUGCAAAUUAGGCAUAUUUUAUUACAUAUCAUUUAACUCAAAGACAUACCUAUAAAUAGUAAAACCAAAGAAACUGAUAAUGCUGUAGUGGUCUCUUUCUUUUUUUUCCAGAGCUGUAUGCAUAUAUGUUUUUUAUAUAUCUGAUUCUCUAGAUCUAUUAAAUAAACAUUUAAUUCAUAUAAAUAUUAAAAGGAUAAACAGUAAAUGGUGUUUUUGGUGUUUUUAUUGUAGUUAGCAAUAGUUCUAAAACAUAUCUAAUUAACAUUAAAUUGAAAUAUACAUAUAGUCUAUACGUAUGUUGUAAUUGUGUAAUACUGUUGUACUUUAACUUGGUUCAGUUUGAAUGGAGUACUUUUGCUUGUAAGAGAGUAUAUAUCUAGUCUGUGGUAUUAAUACUUUUUAAAUGUUUAGCUUGAAAAGAUCUAAGUUGCCAACUUCUCUCCUCUUUAAUUGUUUGCCUGCAGUCUCCUCAUGAGGGCUGUGGGUGGCAGUAACGCGCCUCGUGAGUCUGUUCUGCUGGAACUACCAAAUCCCACGAAGAAGAAUUUCUUUUACGUUUUGAUUGGACGGCUGUAAAUUUUUUACAGACAUGGCCGAAACAACGGGAGAGAGUCCGCAAGGAGCACCAUUUUUUAACAAAGACAGAAUUAAAAACAGCCCGGAGGAAGAAGCCAGGCUGGAGAGGAAGCAUUUCUGGAGAAUAAUCGAUGCUUUUAGAUUUUACAGGGUCCACGUCCAGGAGCAGGUCAAGCGUGCCGAGCGUCAGUUUCUGAGCCUCCCAAAGCACCACCAGGAUUUGCUGCCAGAUGUUUUGUCCAACCUGGCCCGGAUCAGCCAGUGUGCGGACCACAACCAGGACAUAAUGCAGGCCAUCAUUCACAACAGCCUCCACAUGUUUGAGAACAUUGAGUACGGCGAGAGGGAGGAUCCGCGGAAGAUGCGUCCCUCUACCACGUUUGACAUGGACAAACUUAAGUCCACCAUAAAGCAGUUUGUCAGAGACUGGAGCGAGACGGGCCACAAAGAGAGGGAGACCUGCUACAAGCCGAUCAUCCAAGAGAUCCAAAGAAUAUUCCCAAGCGAACAAUAUGAUGUGUCUAAGGUGAGCGUGCUGAUUCCGGGCGCUGGUCUCGGCCGUCUAGCCUGGGAGAUAGCACGUCUGGGUUACACUUGCCAAGGCAACGAAUGGAGCUUCUUCAUGCUCUUCUCUUCAAACUUUGUUCUCAAUAGGUGUGAAAACGAGAACUCUCUGACCCUCUACCCCUGGAUACACCAGUUUAGCAACAACAAGAAAUCCUCCGACCAAACAAGACCAAUCACAUUUCCUGAUGUCAACCCUCAGAGCUUACCACUUGAUGCAGACUUCUCCAUGGUAGCUGGGGACUUUGUGGAGGUGUACAGGGACCCAGAUUCCUGGGACUGUGUGGCUACCUGCUUCUUUAUAGACACAGCUCAUAAUGUCAUUGAGUAUGUGGAGACUAUCUGGAAGAUUCUUAAGCCUGGUGGAGUGUGGAUCAACCUGGGUCCGUUGCUGUACCACUUUGAGAACAUGGCCAACGAGCUGUCAGUUGAACUUAGCUACGAAGACAUCAGGACAGCAAUUGUCAACUUUGGCUUCCAUAUAGAGGUGGAGAAGGAGUCAGUUCAGACCACAUACACUGAGAACGACCACUCCAUGUUGAGAUACAUUUAUGACUGCGUCUACUUUGUGGCACGAAAACCUGCAGACAUGUACUGUAACGGUCAAGAAGAAGAAGAGGACCAUCUACAGACUUCCCCACCGGCAGCUAAAUCCCCUCGACGAGAAGGUACCGACACCAUGACGUGACAGGAUAUAAUUUAGCAAAAACAAUGAACUUAUAGGUAUACAACCAUUGACUGAGCAAAGACGAGGCCAACAAAGUGAAAGAGAAAAUGGACACUGAAGGAAAAAAGCAGUGGACUAAUAUUUAACUUUUUUCUGAUUCAUUUGAAAAUCAUCGUACUCCUGUUUCAACUAAAACCUGGAAAACAUCUAAA